AUGCUUCGCCCCAACACCUUCGUCUGCCCGGUCUGUUUGGGCGAGCCGGGGAGUCUCCCGUCCCCAAGCCGCGCGGCAGUCGAGGCUGCCCUCAAGGCGGCGCUUCUUCUUCGCUGCAAAGAGAUCCCGAACGUCCUCGAAUUCGACCGCAAGUGCUACAUAUACCCCGACUUGGGGAAAAACUAUCAAAUCAGCCAGGUUCGACGGCCGAUCGGGCGCAACGGCUACUUGGUGUUGCCGAGCUCAGGAAAGACGAUUCGCAUCCGCAGUGUCCAUUUGGAAGAGGACACGGGGAAGAUGCUUCAUGCCUCAGGGAAGACGGAGCAUUUGGCGACGCUGGACAGGAGUCGAGGACGCGGCGCCUCUGCGCGAGAAACUCGGUCGCAAACGCGGACGGACGCGAGUGCCCAGGCGGGCCGUCACGGCCACGGAAAUGGAGGCCGAGACGGCGGCAGAUCAGGAGACGCUCCGCGAGGCGACACGCAGGAGCCAGCGGCGACGCAGGAGCCAGCGGCGACGCAGGAGCCAGAGGCGACGCCGGAGACACUGUUAGAGAUGAACAGAGCAGGCUUGCCGCUCGUUGAAAUCGUCACGGAACCGGAUCUGCGCAGUUCAGCUGAAGCCGUCGAGUGUCUCCGCGAGCUCAGUCUCCUCUUCCACGCGGCAGGGAUCGCGACGUGUGUCAUGGCCGACGGCGCCAUGCGCUGCGACUUGAACGUCUCUCUGCGAGACAAAAAAACGCUACAAGACUUUCCGAGGACCGAAGUGAAGAAUGUCGGUUCACUGCGAGGCGUCAGGAAGGCCGUUCAAUUCGAAAUCUUGAGGCAGACGUCUCUCCUCCUGCAUGCGACCUCGGCGCUGAGGAAAGAGCCGCUCGCCCCUCCAACCCCGCCGACGGACGCCGAAGACGACCCGGACUCGGCUGCCGACGCGAUCGAAGAAGACGCAAUCGCCCUGCACGAUGUGCUCGACGCACAGACCAGAAUGUGGGAUGAUCGCAAACAGCGAACGCUCAAGAUGCGAACGAAAUUCGCGUCUGAAGAAUACUUCUCUGUGCGAGAGAAUCUCAUUCCGCCUGUGGCCAUCACGGAGGCGGCGCUCGAUCGACUGCGACGCAGCCUCCCGGAACGCCCCAGCGCGCGCCAAGAGCGCUAUGAAACGUCCUUCGGCUUCAGUCCCACCACUGCUCGCGCGAUCGUGCGAGACCGCGAGCUGUCUCCUUUCUUCGAGGCCGCCGUGGCCGCAGGCGCGCCUCCGGGUCCGGCAGCCUCCUGGCUCCUCAACGAGGUUGCAGGGUGGCGACGGAGACUGUCGCUGCCAAGUCGGCUGGACACGGCGACGGAGAAACCACCCUCGAGAGGCAUAUCGAUCGACGCACCCUCCGAAGCGGUCCUCGAAGGCGAACGCGACGAAAGGAUAUCAGAGGGAACCGAGGCGCGAAUCGACGCAGCGCCGGAGUCUCGGAGAGAACAACCUGGAGGUUCGGCGAGAGAGAGAAAGGAGACACACGGAGACGCGAGAGCAAAGCCGACGUCGAAACGGGCGCCCCCACUUCCGUUGAAGGCGCUUAAACUCACACCUGCGAAGCUCGCGGAAUUGCUCCUGUUGAUUGACCGGGGCGUCGUCACGCACAACACGGCGAAGCAUCUUCUUCCCGAUCUCCUUCUCUCUUGGGACGGCUCCGUCGCGGAUCUCGUCGCGUACAGAGCUCAAGAGGUCCGAAACGAAGACAUCGAAAUGCAUCCUUCUCCAAACCCCCGACAGCAGAGACACCCGGCAGGCAGUUUCCUCCGUCACGAAGCGCCAGGCUCUACUGCUGCGGCCGGGAUGGCGAUCGAGGCACAUGCCCGCGAGAUUCUCGCCGAGCAUCCGGAGAUUCUUUCCCGCUUUCAGAGCGGCAUGCGCAACAUGGCAGACUUCGUGGUGGGGCGAAUCCUGAAACGCAGCAAGGCCCCGCACGACGGCGCGUUUGGAACGCAGCCAGUCCCCCAGGAGAUAAAGGCGGCCGUCGUGCGCGUCAUGGAAAGUCUUAGCUCCACGCGACGAGGCAUCGCGCCGGAGACGCCGACAGCGAACCUGCCGCAUGCGGGGUAG